UCACGUUACAUUUAUGUCCGCCAACACGUAAUCUAAAUGCGCUAACGUGGAGUCUAUUGUUUGGUCAGGAGGGGUGGGGUCCCACCAGGAGCUGGUGCUGAGGGGGAGGGCGGAAAUCCCGGGCUCCAUCGACGCCGCCGCCUCCUCGGGGUUACGGAGGGGGAGGGGGAGGGAGGGAGGACGACUACUGACUAUUUAUUGGUUGCUGAGGUGGGGCCCACCGGAGUCGUGAAGAAUGGCGGGGUCCACCGCCGACAGGAACGCGGGCGCGGCUGUAGGCCGACUCGCUUGAAUUUGCGGUCCGGACCGGAUUCUUGAGGACCGGAGAGGAGGGGGCAGAGAGACAACAAAGCGUGGGCCCCAAAGCCACUCUUGUUCAUGAACCUAUCCACUUAGCUCCUCCUCGCCUUUAAUCCAAACCCUAGGUCAACUCACUAAACCCUAGACUAACAACUCCUUAACCAUGGUUUAAGCCCGGCAUUAAUGGAUGGAAAAUGCAUCGCCAUCAAAACCCCACAACAAAUAUAUUAUAUGCCAUCACGGCUUUCUCUCUCUUUCUCAAUCACUGUACCAAUUUGUAUUAUUUUUUAAGUUUCUUCAACUCCUAGGCAACCCCUCUUUGUCUCCUCCAUUGGAAAACCAUCUUCUCCUCCCCUUUCUUUCUUUCUUUCGCUCUUUCUUUCUUCUUUCCCCUUGAUCCUCGUUUGCACAUACUUCUUCAAUUCCAAUCUCAAUCGGCUAGCUAGCUCUUCCGUCUUGCUCGAUUGCUUCUUCCCCCUCCACUUGUUUUUCGUCCUCGAUCAUUAGAAGACCCAUUUAAAUAUGGUUAUGGCCGGCUUGGAUCUGAGCACCGCUGCGAGGUACGUUCACCACCUCCAUCACCGGCCCGAUCUCCACCUCGCGCACCAGCAGCCCAACUCCGACGACGACAACAACGCCAGCGCCAACGGCGAGAACCACGACCAAUUCAGCGGCGCGGCGGAGCGAGACGGGUCGUCGCCGUCGGCGCCGCAGGGAGGAGACGUGGCUUCGCGGAGGCCGCGAGGGCGGCCGGCGGGGUCGAAGAACAGGCCGAAGCCUCCGGUGAUCAUCACGCGGGAGAGCGCCAACGUGCUGCGCGCCCACAUGCUGGAGGUCGGCGCCGGCUGCGACGUCUUCGACUGCAUCGCCACCUACGCCCACCGCCGGCAGCGCGGGGUCUGCGUCCUCAGCGGCAGCGGCGUCGUCACCAACGUCACGCUCCGGCAGCCCUCUGGGUCGGGCGCCGCGGGCGGGGUGGUGACUCUGCAGGGGCGCUUCGAGAUCCUGUCGCUGGCGGGCUCGUUCCUUCCUCCGCCCGCGCCGCCCGGGGCCACCAGCCUCUCCAUCUUCCUCGCCGGAGGGCAGGGCCAGGUGGUGGGAGGAAACGUCGUUGGCGCGCUCUACGCGGCCGGGCCGGUCAUCGUCAUCGCCGCGUCGUUCACCAACGUGGCCUACGAGCGGCUGCCACUGGAGGAGGAGGAAGCCCUCCAACAACAAGCAGGAGAUGGCACCAGCAGCGGCGGCGGAGGCGGCGGGAACAUUAACAAUCCCUUCCCUGACCCGUCCUCGAUGCUUCCAUUGUUCAAUUUCCCCCUCAACAACAUGAACCAGCUGCCGGGAGUGGACGGACACGGUUGGGCUGGCUCCUCCACCGGCCAGCCGGCGCCGUUCUGAUCAUUUAGCUCCUCACUUCGCCGGCAAAGGUCAGAGAAAUCAUGCCAUUAACAUGCGCUGCUACUACUGCUACUACUCCAUCUUUUAUUGUCUACUACUCCUUCGAUCGAUAUAUCUCUCCGCAAGACUAUAUGUGCCGAGAUCUUAAUGUAUUAAUUAAUUAGACCUCUUGUUUGUUCUUAAUCUUAUCAGUAAUUCAUUCAGUCA